AUGCUGCUUGCUGUAUUCAACACUGUCGUACUUGUCCUUGCGACCCUUUGUGUGUUCAUCUACCAUCUUUUGCGAGUUCCCCAUCAUCUGCGCCAUAUACCGAAGGUUCAUCUCUGGCCUCUUCUCCUCAGCUACUUCUCCGGAGAGGUUGAAGAGCAGCGCGUCAAGAGGCUUGUACUCCCGUUUGCCAAGCAAAUGCGUACGGAAGUGGUCCUUGUCUAUUGUCUAGGCGACUGGAUGGUCCAGAUUCUGGAGCCCAAAGCCGCCAGACGAAUGCUGGAAGACCCCAAAGUGUGGAAGAAACCUCAGUCAAAGGACAUGCUUCUGUGGCGACUCAUCGGAAACGACAACAUCUUCAUGUCAAACGGCGAGAUGGCCAAGCGUCAUCUCAGAAUAACCCGCGAUGCACUCUACAAGACGUCCCCCAUCAACACCUUCAUAUCACUCGCAGAAACGACUAUCUCUCUCAUGGGUGAUGGAGGGAGAAUCCGAUGGGAUGACUACGCUAUUCGCUACACGCUUGACGCCUUUGGGCUCGCGGUGGUCGGGUACAACUUCGAUGCCCUGAAGAAUCCUCACGGUUCAUUUGUCCAGCAGUACCACGACGUCAUGACAGCUAUUUCAAACCCGCUUUAUGUCGUCCUCCCUCUCCUCGAGCGAUGGGUGCCCCGAGUGGGUGUGAAGAGACAAAUCGAUCGAUUUGUCAGCGACCUCUGCCAGAUAUUGGACGAGAAACGCGCCAAUCCUGGAGACGAUGUCAUCACCUACAUGUUUCAAGAUCCAGACAUGACUGAGGUUGAGUAUCGCGACAACACAAUCGUGAUGUUUGUGGCUGGACACGAUACAACGGCCGGUGCCAUCGCGUCAGUUGUCUACUAUCUUGCCAUCAAUCCGGAGAUACAGCAGCGUGCAAGGGAGGAGAUUCUUGAGGUGCUAGGGAAUGCAGAACCGAAGAACGAGCACUUCGUGAGAACCCCGUACCUCAAUGCUGUCCUCCGCGAGGCGAUGCGUUGCAACACGCCCUCGAAUACGACUCUACCACGCAUCUCAGACGUCCCCAUCCGAGUUGGGGAGUACAUCAUCCCGCCGGGAACAUCCAUGGUUCUCAACAUCUGCGCGGUCCACUUCAACGACUCCGUCUGGGACAAUCCAUCCAGAUUUGAUCCCGAGCGCUUCCUGGACGAGGGAGGUAAUGAGGCCGCAGGCUUCUCAACUUUCAGUAUGGGACCUCGGAGCUGCGUUGCGCGAUUGUUCUCUCUGACAGAGCAGCGCGUACUGAUAAGUAUGCUUCUGAGGGAGUUGCGGUGGACGCUUCCAGAACACUCGGCACACUCGGCUCACCUCAAGAACGGUUUUUCAGCCUUCGCGCUGAGCAUACCAGAGAACCUCUAUAUCGACUUCUUCCGCAUCAAACCUGCUGGAAAGGUAAAUAACUUGUAA